CACAUGUGAAAAAUCAAAGUAAAGAGAAACCCUAUGAAUGUAAGGAAUGUGGGAAGGCCUUCAGUUGUCCCUCUUCCUUUAAAGCACAUGUAAGGGAUCACAAUGGUAAGGUGCAAUAUGAAUGUAAGGAGUGUGGGAAGGCCUAUAGUCAUUCCUCAUCCCUCACUGAACACCUAAGAACUCACAGUGGAGAAAAGCCUUAUGAGUGUGAGGAAUGUGGGAAAGCCUUCAUUAGUUCUUCCUCUCUUACAGUACAUAGAAGAACUCACACUGGUGAGAAACCUUAUGAAUGUAAAAAAUGUGGGAAAGCCUUUAUUCGUUUUUCAGGUCUUAGUAGUCACAUGAGAAUCCACACUGAGGAAAAACCCUAUGAAUGUAAGGAAUGUGGGAAGGCAUUUCGACAUUCUUCAUCCCUUACUAUGCAUACAAGAAUGCACACUGGAGAAAAACCCUUUGAAUGUCUGGAGUGUGGAAGAGCUUUCAGUUCUCCCUCAUCCUUUGGGAGACAUGUGAAAAACCAUACAGGAGAUAAACCAUAUGAAUGUAAGGAGUGUGGGAAAGCCUUCAUUUAUUCUUCCUAUCUUACAGUACAUAGAAGAACUCACACUGGAGAGAAACCUUAUGAAUGUAAAAAAUGUGGGAAAGCCUUUAUUUCUUUCUCAGCUCUUAGUAUCCAUAUGAGAAUCCACACUGAGGAAAAACCCUAUGAAUGUAAGGAAUGUGGGAAAGCAUUUCGACAUUCUUCAUCCCUUACUAUACAUGCAAGAAUGCAUACUGGAGAAAAACCCUUUGAAUGUCUUGAGUGUGGAAGAGUUUUCUUUUCUUCCUCAUCCUUUGGUAUACAUGUGAGAAGCCAUACUGGAGAGAAACCAUAUGAAUGUAAGGAAUGUGGGAAAGCCUUCAUUUCUUCUUCCCUUCUUACAGUACAUAGAAGAACUCACACUGGAGAGAAACCUUAUGAAUGUAAAAAAUGUGGGAAAGCCUUUAUUCGUUCUUCAGGUCUUAGUAGCCACAUGAGAAUCCACACUGAGGAAAAACCCUAUGAAUGUAAGAAAUGUGGGAAGGCAUUUCGACAUUAUUCGUCCCUUACUAUACAUGUAAGAAUGCACACUGGAGAAAAACCCUUUGAAUGUCUUGAGUGUGGAAGAGCUUUCAGUUCUUCCUCAUCCUUUGGAAUACAURUGAGAAGCCAUACUGGAGAGAAACCAUAUUAAUGUAUGGAAUGUGGGAAAGCCUUUAUUUGUCCAGCCUACUUUCGAAGCCAUUUGAAAGUUCACACAAGGGACAACAUAUAAAUGUAAGGAGUAAGGGAAUCUCUGCAAGACUUUUUCUGAACUAAUGGAAUUUGUGAAGUCUCAUACUGUGGAGACAGUAUAAAUGUGAGAAAGUAGGAGAUUAUCACUUAUUCUUUUGAAUAGUUGAGUACAACUGAGAGAAACCCUGUGUUUGUAAGCUAUAUGGUAAAACCUUUUGAUUUUGAACAUAACUUGUGCCGCAGUCCAGCAGGGCUGUGCAAAGUAGCCGGGGCGACAAGCAACUUGUGAAAGUUGAAACAGCGGGAGCCACUGUAUUCAGACCAGCAGAGGUAUAUAUACCCAAGUAAAUACAGACAGCUUAUCUCAAUUAACAUCAUCCAGUUACAUCAAGCAGUCAUUAAGCAAUCCUCAUCAUCUUAAUAAUUAGGCACAGCCUAA